CAUUAUUGUUCAUUCAACACAUAUGACGUGUUUUUAGUGUUUUUUUAUUUUAUCAAUUUCUGUAUUUUAAUUGAUUUUAAUCAACUGAAUUGAAAUUUUAAUCAAUAAAUACAUUUCGAUUCAAGGAGAGGCAGAAAUCUUCAAUAUGGUUUACGUUACAGGAGAUGGGACUAUUGUGGAGAAGAGUCCUUUCAGUUUCAUGGGCUGGUUCUGGGCCUUGCUGAACUUCUUCUCAUUGUUGUUCCACACCCUGAUAGAUUCUAACUAUAAUAAACAUGGCAAAAAAUACACAAGGGAUUUCAGACCACCAGGAAGUGGGCCUCCUAAACCACCAACCAAAAAGUUUGGGGGCUUUGGUCCAUCUGGCUCUGGGCCCUCACCACCACCUAUGGGAGGCUGCGGCUGUGGUGGAUAAUGGAUGUCUUCAAAGCUGUCAUAACAUUUCAAUAUUAACAAUACCUUAAAAAAACUAAUAUUGUUUUAUGUAUCUCAAUGUAUGAAAAAAACAACAUUUUUUACCUAUCUUUAUUUAAACCUUUGAAUUAUAUAAAAUUUUAAACAGCAAAAUAAAGAAAAAAAUAUAUUAUUAUAAUAUGACGUAUUGGAGGCUGAUUACGUCAAUUUAACGAAAUAAAUACUUAAGGAGUUCGCCUUUUAAUAAUUAACUUAAUGAUUAACUAUUAUCGUUUCGUUGUUCUAUAAAAACAUUCUGGGCAGAUAAACAAAAAUUGACAUCCACCUAAUUAUUAUUUUUGAAAAUUACUCUGAAAACAAAAUGUGUAAACAUAUCUAUUAUAUACACUAAGUUAAUAUUCGGAAUACGACAAAUUGCGGCCAUGUCAUAGAUUUAAACAUUUACAUUUAAAGUUGUCAUUAAAAAGGAAUGAAGGUAUAUGUAA